CAUUAGUGGACUUAACCACCGGAAACACAGCAUUUCCUUUUUUUGAACCUCAGAAACUGAGCGUUUCAAUCAUGGCGGCGGAAAGCAGCAACUUGAUAAUCGACCCACGUAGUGGGUUUUGCAGAUCAUCUUCGAUAUUCUACAGCAAACGCGAACCCAUUCCUCUGCCGCCGAGCCAGUUCUUGGAUGUCACCACAUUCAUCUCCUCUCAGGCUCACCAUGGCAAGAUUGCCUUCAUCGACGCCGCCACUGGCCGCCACUUAACCUUCUCCCAACUCUGGGGAGCGGUUGAUUCCGUUGCCACUUGUCUUUCUGACAUGGGUAUCCGAAAAGGCCACGUCGUCCUCCUGCUUUCUCCAAACUCAAUCUUCUUCCCCGUCGUUUGCCUCUCCGUUAUGUCCCUCGGCGCGAUUAUCACCACAACUAACCCUCUCAACACUCCUUCUGAAAUCAAGAAACAAAUCGCCGAUUCAAAGCCGGUUCUCGCGUUUACUACUACCCAACUCGUUCACAAAAUUGCCGGUUCAAAUUUCCCCAUCGUUCUUCUAGACGAGUAUGUAAUUAAUCACACGAGGGAAUCGAAAAUCGUUUCGACGUUGGAUCAGAUGAUGAAGAAGGAACCGAGUCAAAAUAGAGUCCGGGAACGAGUUGAACAGGAAGACACGGCGACUCUGCUUUACUCCUCAGGUACAACGGGCGCCAGCAAGGGAGUGGUAACGUCUCACAGAAAUCUAAUCGCGCUGGUGAGCACACUGAUACAACGGUUCUCUCUAGAUGAUCGGGAUACGUAUAUUUGCACCGUUCCGAUGUUCCACGUGUACGGCUUGACGGCGUUCGCCACCGGAACAGUGGCAAUGGGAUCGACGGUUGUGGUUCUGUCGAAAUUUGAAAUCCACAAUAUGCUAUCGGCAAUCGAAAAGUAUCGCGCGACGUACAUCCCCCUGGUACCGCCGAUACUGGUGGCAAUGGUGAACGGCGCGGAUGAGAUACGACGGAGGUACAAUUUAAGUUCGAUGAAAACAGUUGUGUGUGGUGGGGCGCCACUAAGAAGGGAGGUAAUUGACGGAUUCGUGGAGAAGUAUCCGACGGUCACAAUUCUUCAAGGGUAUGGUUUGACUGAGUCAACGGGGGUUGGCGCAUCAACAAACACGGUGGAGGAGAGUAGGAUGUACGGCACGGUGGGCCGUUUAUCGUCGAGCAUGGAGGCCAAAAUUGUGGACCCAGACACCGGAAAGACAUUGGAGGUCAAUCAGACAGGUGAGCUUUGGCUGAGGGGUCCCAACAUUAUGAAAGGUUACUUCAAUAAUGCAGAUGCUACAAGAUUGACUCUUGAUUUAGAGGGAUGGCUGAAGACUGGGGAUCUUUGUUACAUUGAUGAGGAUGGCUUCAUUUUUGUUGUAGACAGGUUGAAGGAGCUGAUUAAAUACAAGGGAUAUCAGGUCCCUCCUGCAGAACUAGAGGCAUUACUGCUUUCGCAUCCUGAAAUUGUUGAUGCUGCUGUCAUACCGUUUCCUGAUAAGGAAGUUGGGCAGUAUCCCAUGGCAUAUGUAGUAAGAAGACCUGGAAGCAAUUUAUCAGGGAAUGAAGUCAUGAAUUUUGUAGCCGGACAGGUUAGCCCAUACAAGAGGAUUCGGAAGGUAGCAUUUGUGGAUUCCAUACCUAAGAAUGCAUCUGGAAAGAUUCUUAGGAAGGAUCUCAUCAAGCUCGCCACUGCAAAGGAAUCCAAACUUUGAAUGAUAUG